GUGCAUACACAUAUCGUGUACAUGCAUAUCGUGUAGUUGCCCAAACAUCCCGAGGCAUAGGUACACGGGCCGCAACUGCUCCGUCGUCAGUUCGGUCUCAGCCCGAAUCUGUACUCUGAUGAUUGACCUAGACUCACGCGGUUGCGGCCAGCGCAUGGGGAGAUUUGUCCUGCCACCAGGCGAUCCUCUCACCUGUACAGGGGUCAGACUGGGCGGUCAUUACCACCGCUACGCGCCUGAGAUGCAGGGACAGGAUCCACCGUUGUAUAUGGACAUGCUGCCGGAGGUGACUGCUGAGGUCAUCGGCCGUUGGUUCAACUGCACUGAGAGCAAACUGGAGGAGUCAACGCUCGGAGUCAUGACACCAGUUUUCAGCACCACCCCUGAGCCGUCGAUGCCGCCUGCAGAUUGUCAAGAGAUCUUGGAUGCUGGUCAGAACACAAGCGGAGUAUAUACCAUCCGGCACAAACGCCAGAAUAUGCAGGUCUACUGCCGCAUGGAGUCGGGGAAAGGAUACAUAGUGUUUCAGAGACGCCAAGACGGCUCGGUGAGCUUCAACCGAACCUGGCAGGAGUACGCCGAGGGAUUCGGGAAUCUGACCGGAGAGUUUUGGCUGGGCAACCAGAAGCUGCAUAGUCUGACUCGUAACUUGGAGUUGGAGCUGGUCAUCACCCUGAAUGCAUUCGAUGGGGAUGAAGCCCGUGUUCGUUAUGACAUUUUCAACGUAUACACUUCUCAGGGCAAAUACGGGCUUUAUUUCGAUGGCUUCAGUGAGGAGAGUGGAGAUGCAGGGGAUUCACUCGCGAUACAUCGUUUCGACUACUUCUCAACUCUAGAUAAAGACCAUGACGACACCUUCGGGGAAAACUGCGCUGAGAAAUUUCACGGAGGCUGGUGGUUCGAACGCUGCGGUAGCUAUAUCAGCUUGUUCUUCAAGAGCAACCUGAACGGCUUGUACUACAAAAACGCAGCAGUCGAUGAUUACAUGGGGAUACAGUGGGUCACCUGGAAGGGUAAAGCAGUCUCUCUUAAAGGGUGUGAAAUGAUGACACGACCCAAAUGCAAUCGGUCCAUAACGGAGCUGCCUGCAGAUUGUCAAGAGAUCUUGGAUGCUGGUCAGAGCGCUAGCGGUGUGUAUACCAUCCAGUACGCAUGCCAGAUUAUGCAAGUCUACUGCCGCAUGGAGCCGGAGUCGGGGAAAGGAUACAUAGUGUUUCAGAGACGCCAGGACGGCUCGGUGAGCUUCAACCGAACCUGGCAGGAGUACGCCGAGGGAUUCGGGGAUCUGGCUGGAGAGUUCUGGCUGGGCAACCAGAAGGUGCACAUUUUGACUGGUAACACGUGGUGGGAGCUGGUCAUCACUCUGAGGGCGUUCGAUGGGGAUGAGGCCCGUAUUCGUUAUGGGUACUUCAAGAUAACCCGAUCUGAGUACAAUUACCGGCUUCGUGUCCAAACCUUCAUUGCGGAGAAUGGAGAUGCAGGUACUUAAUACCCGGAACUUUCAGUAUCCUUCC